CACUAUUGCGAUUUAUGUGUUGAUAUACGACGAACUUCAGCAUCCGAAUCAGUGGUUAGGGGUAUUAUUGAAUUUGUGUUCAUUUCGUUGCUCUCGCGAUAUAACUUUAUCAGCAUUGUAUCAAAUGAGUGAGCUAAUGGAGAAGAAAUUUACUUGGGUUUCGAGAAAAUUAACAACUGUGCUAGAUGAUAAGUGUUACUCUCACCCCUUCAAGCUCGCCGGCUGCGAUUGGCGUCUUCUUGCUUCUCCCAGGGGAUGUAACAACAGUUACUUGUCCUUGUAUCUGGAACUUGAUGAUCCUGCUUCUUUGCCAUCAGGAUGGAGAAGAGAUGUGAAAUUGCGCCUCACUCUUGUCGAUAAGGGUUGGCGUAGAUCCAACAAAGCAUUAGGAGGGCAAUAUAGUUUUGAUGCAAAGAAUCACAGUUGGGGUUUUGAAGAGUUCUUGCCCCUUGAUAAACUUCUUGAUCCAUGUGAGAGAUAUAUGGUGAGUUACAGACUCAUUAUCCUCGCUGAAGUACAAGUUCUUCCGGCUAUUGUUGUACCAGAGGAACCUGUCAAGAUUAUUGAACCUCUGAGCAGUAAAGAAGGAAAUCAAGUCUCUGACACAUCGUUCAGCAAAUCUCAGGGGCAUUCUUCUUGCCAAGUGGCGGAAGCUACUGAGUAUGCAUCUAAAGAGAAUUUUGAUGAUGAUGAUGAUGCAUCUGAAGAGGGUAUGGAUGAUGAUGAUGCAUUUGAUGAGGGUUCAGAUGAAGAUGAUGCAUCUGUAGAGGGUUCACGUAGAUGAUGAUGAUGAUGAUGCGUCAUCUCCUGUUUCAGAUGAUGGAGGGAUGGACAUAAGUUCUUUGAGCCAAUCAAAUGCUUCGGAGGAUGUUUCUCGUUCAGUGGGAAUUUAUGGAAUAAGCUCUACCAGUGUGGCAGCUGACACUGAGUUUUCCAACUCUGAUAAUGAUGAUGCACCUAAAGAAGAUGUCGAUGAUGAUACUUCAUCUUUUGUUUCAAAUGAUAGUGCUAGAAACCGGAGUUCCCUAGACCAGGUUAAGUCCUUGGAGGAUGCCUCUCAGACAGCUGACAAUGGUGGUAGGGGGCUUACCAUGGCAUCUGUUACUGGGACUUCUGAUAAUAUGCUUACGGAGACUCGACCAGUAAAGGAAACGAUGGACGUCAAUGGGUUUGGGGUUUUCUCUUCCCAGGUUGAAUCGGUAAGCCAUAUCUUCAAAAGACACCCAGACAUGGCUAUAGGCUUCCGUCCAAAGAACCAACAGAUCAGAAGAGCUUACAUGGGUGCACUCCUUAGCCUCAUCAAGAUGCUGUGCCAGUCACCAGAGAAGCUCUCAGAGGAUGAUCUAAGCAAUGCUGAUGACACACUUGUUGAUUUGAUUGAUGCUGGCUUUAUGUUGGAUUGGCUGAAGACAAAGCUGGAUGAGGUCUCUCAGAAGAAAAAGAUAGAGCAGGGUAGUGGGGCCCGGAUACAAACAAUGGAGGAACAGUUGCAGAAGCUGAAGCGAUUGUUCUUGGAUCUUGAAUCUCAGCUGCAGAAGGAAAAAGUGGAGGCUUUGGUUGCGAGAGCUCCUCUCUCGUUCAACGAUGUUGUUUGCUGAUUUGUUAGGAUUAUUGUGGCCUUGUUAGGAUUUGGACCAUAACUCCAUUUUCUCUGCUUUUGGGGAUUCAAGGUUUGCUUUUACUCUGCUACAAAAUAAAUACAGGGAAGGAUUCACAGGCAGGAGUGGAGGAGAUGGAGACUAGAGUAUACUCUAGCUUAGAUCAUAUUUCCUAAGCGAUAUUAUAAAAACUCUUCUUGGGAAUCAAUGAUAGAGAAAAGUAAUUCUUG